CUAAAGAUAAUGUUCAAACGUUUCAUCAGCACAGCAAUGCGGAACAAAAUGCCAGGUUUUAGAUUGGUUACUGUUACCUCGCAGUUCUUUUGCCGAGAUCGGGUGGAUUUCUGAGCUCAGGGAGACCGGCAGGUCGUCCUCGGCGCGCGAGGUCGUCGUGCGGCCGGGUCAGCGCGUCCCCCGCUCCCUGAUAAACAGGCGGCGACAGACACGUCACGGGGACCUUUGGUCGGCCCGGCCCGGCGGGCGGCGGGCGGCGGGCGCGAGCUGGCCCCGGCGACCGGCAGACAGCGGCGCUGGUCGACCGCAGCAGCAGUGUAGCCGCGGGCACGGCGCAGGGCACGACGCAGGGCACGACGCAGGGCGGGCAGUGAAUUCCGGCCACCGACCGACCCGGUGGACCACACCGAGCGGACCGAAGGCAGGGCACCACCAGCGAGAGGUCUACUGUCACAGAGAGGCAGCCCAGGCAGGUGACAGAGGGCGCCGCGAGACAAAGAGCGACCGCCGGCCGGACGGAGGUGACGCAGGGAGAGACGCCGAACGUGCCGGAGAGCCCGCCGACCCGACUGCUCCCAGGAGGGCCGUGAGGGAGAACACGUGUGACGGCGAGUGACCGACGGCGGCACCAUGGCGCGCCUGCUGGCGCCGGCGCUGCUCGGCUGCUGCCUGCUCGCCCUCAGCAGCGGCAUGCCCUUCCUGCCCGAGUGGCUCGCCGAGAUGACGGAGCUCAACAGCUUCGAGCUCUCCUUCACUCCCACAAAGGAAGAGGAUGCGUCCAGAAUACGGCGAGAGGCCGAAAUCAAAGUGGAGGAUGUCAUCAGAGAGGUCAUCGGGCACUUUAAGAAGGACGACCCGCGGGGUCUGCCAGGCUCUCUGGUCCCCGACCCACUGUCGGUGCCAGCCAAGAUCGACCAGACAGUGGCCGGCGCAGACGUCAACCUGCAGGACAUGAUCCUCACCGGACUCAAGUACUUCGAACUGCGCGACGUCAAGGUCGACCUCUCCGCGCAGGAGUUCCGAUACGAGAUUUUCUUCAAGUCGCUGACCGCGCUGGGAAAGUACAAGCUGUACUACUUCUGGUCCAACUACAACGGCGACUUCAACAUCACCCUGGAGGACAUCAAAGCCGAGGGCAAGGGCAUCCUGGAAGUCAGCACCAACGGCACCGUCCAGCUCAACGAUGUCACCACGGACGUCGGCUUCGGCGACAUCGACGUGGUCUUCCACAACCUGGGCGGCCUGGGCUACAUCAUCCAGGGCGCCGUCAACAUGAUGGGCACCUUCCUCUUCGACGCCAUCAAGCCGCUCACUCUGGACAAGGUCAACGAAGCGCUGGCCAAGAACGUCAACGAGCAGCUUAGAGCUCUGAACGAGGAGAUCCUCUUCUCCGACUCCAUCCCCGUGCUCGACGUGGCCGUCCUCCAGGUGCGCAAGAUGAUCCGCGACGAGGGCUACGACCCGCUCGAGCUGCCCUCUGUCGAGAGGUCAAACUCCAUGGGAGUGCAGAUCACGCUGACCGAGGGCUCUCUGACGGGACUGAGCACCGUUCACCGGACCGGCGAGAUCUCCGUCGGCAUGCAGGAGUACACGGCCAAAACCACCGUGGCGCUGGGCACGCAGCGCAUCACCGGCAGGUACCACUGGCGGGUGAGCGCCUUCGGAUUCCUGGAGCGUAACGGCUUCAUCCGGUUCAGCGUGGACAGCCUGAAGCUGCGGGCCCGGCUGGCGCAGCCGCUCAACCUCUCGCAGAAGCCGCGCAUCGAGGACCUGGACAUCGACCUGGGCACGCUGACGCUGCGCUCCGAGGGCGCCGGCAGCCUCGACUACGCCUUCGAGCUGGGCGUCAACAGCUUCCCCAACCUCUUCAAGAACAUCGUGAUCGACGCCAUCGAGCGGCCGCUGAUGUGGGUGAUCGGCAGCCAGCUGCAGGAGCUCGACAUGGAGCAGCUCGUGCUGGACAACAUCCCCGGCGGCAGCGUGGUCAAGGCCGCCCGCUAGGCCGCCGCCGCUGGAGGUCACGCAGUGGCGGACAGGGAGCGCUAGUGGUCCACGUGUGACACCGCGCCUGCCGCUGCAGCGGCUUAAUCAUCCCGUGAGCAAUACAGGACCCGAGAGACGAGGUCGUGUGUAUCGCCGACCCGCGGCGACGGGCCACCGCCCAGCAGCCAUGAUACUCUUGUACUCUUCUCCAUAGCAUGUUCAUACCGUCUCCCGAGCGGCGUCGCGCGCCGCUGUUGUCACGACCAUCGGCCGGUUACCGGAUAUAGGAGGCGCCCGUACAAUACACGCACUCAGAGGUG